AUGCUCACCAGAAAACAAAUAUUGGGUUGCUGGAACAAGGGAGCAGUUAGAGAUGGUUUAUUGUUGCCUGGUUGGUUGUCUGAUAUUUUUCAUCAAUGGGACAAGGGAGCAAUUAGAGAUGGUUUAUUGUUGCCUGGUUGGUUGUCUGAUAUUUUUCAUCAAUGGGACAAGGGAGCAGUUAGAGAUGGUUUAUUGUUGCCUGGUUGGUUGUCUGAUAUUUUUCAUCAAUGGGACAAGGGAGCAGUUAGAGAUGGUUUAUUGUUGCCUGGUUGGUUGUCUGAUAUUUUUCAUCAAUGGGACAAGGGAGCAAUUAGAGAUGGUUUAUUGUUGCCUGAUAUAUAUAGUUAUAACAAGAUUUUGAUCACCACUAGGUAUUCAACUAUAUUACUCGGUCUUAUUGCCCUUUGGUAUGUUCCUGUUUCUUUUGCUGAAACUGUUAAGAGCUCGGCUCCAGUGUUCACUGUGAUUGUAGCAUGGAUAUUCAUGGGAGAAAAAACCAACUUGCUAGUCAUAUUCUCCCUGUUUCCUGUGAUGGGUGGCCUCGUACUGUGCAGUGCCAAUGAACUUAGUUUCAAAUUAGCUGGGUUCUUAGCAUCUUUAGCAACAAAUCUUUCAGAAUGCAUGCAAAAUGUGUAUUCCAAAAUUCUUCUGAGUAAUGAGAAACACAAUAAUUCGCCAUCUGAACUUCAGUUUUACACCAGUAUAACAUCAUUAGCUGUUCAAGUCCCAGCUUGUCUCCUGCUCAUUGAUUUUCCACUUUUUUAUUCCAACCUCAACAAAAACUUGAUAAUAGCUUAUCUACUAGAUGGUGUAUCAUUCCAUUGUCAGAGUAUUACGGAGUAUACUCUCCUAGGCUACAUCUCUCCUGUUACACACAGUGUUGCAAAUACUGCUAAAAGAGCCCUUCUCAUCUGGUUGUCUGUGUUGACAUUUGGAAAUCCUGUCACUCCUCUGAGUGCCCUGGGAACUGUGGUGGUGAUCUUAGGUGUCUUUUUGUAUAACAAAGCAAGAAACUGGAGUGUAAAGAAGAAAAGUUCCACCCCAGUAUCUCACAAAUCAUCUGUUCACAGUGCCUAAGCAUGAGGGGGUUUUGAAUCAUGGGUGGUGGUAUUUCUUGGCAGUUACAUUUGUUGAAUUUUGUGAUAAAUGCUUUUUCAAGGGAUAAAAUUUUAACAUAGUUUACACAUUAAGAAAAGUAUUUUUAAUAAAAUACUAAAAUGUUUAAAGCAUUUGGUAACCAUCAUGGACAAUUGGAAUGUGUUUCUUUACAGGUGUUCACUGGUAAAUCCACUGUACAUAACUGAAAUGCAGUGUUUCUUUACAGGUGUUCACUGGUAAAUCCACUGUACAUAACUGAAGUGCAGUGUUUCUUUACAGGUGUUCACUGGUAAAUCCACUGUACGUAACUGAAGUGCAGUGUUUCUUUACAGGUGUUCACUGGUAAAUCCACUGUACGUAACUGAAAUGCAGUGUUUCUUUACAGGUGUUCACUGGUAAAUCCACUGUACGUAACUGAAAUGCAGUGUUUCUUUACAGGUGUUCACUGGUAAAUCCACUGUACAUAACUGAAAUGCAGUGUGUGUGUGUGUGUGUGUGUGACAGAAGUUCUCAACUGAACAAGAUCUAAGUGUGUUUUUACAGCAUAAUGGUUGAAAAACCUCAGGUUUUGUUUAGGCAUCCAUCUCCAUAUUGUGAGGAGGUUUUUUCAAGAAUUAAAUAAUUUAUUGUACCAAAAUUCACAGGUAUAGUCUAUAAAAGGCAAUUAUAGUACAUUAAUGUUACAUUCCUCUGUGAAUAGUAUCACUUUAAAUUUAUGUGUUACAAAAUAUAUUUAUGAAUUUAAAUAAACAAUGAGUUUCC